CAGGGUGCCUCAGCCGGUCACAUGAUAAAUGGCUUUAUUAGACUGAGCAUCGCCUUUAUCAAAAUUAGUCUCCACUCAUCCUUGCUUCAUAGCAAGUUAGCAACGGGAGAGGUUUUUUUUAUAAAUCAACUUCUCGGCAUCGGAAUAUAUACCAGCGCAGUCUGUUUCUGAGGCGGGUCGGCGCAAUGAAGGCGGCUCUGGCUUUUCUUGGAUUCGCGCUCGUCGCAGUGGUGAGCGCGGCUGAAGUGCAGGUAAAGACGGCACCCGCUUUCAGCAAUAAAUACACCAUAAAGGGCACCCUGUACAUUCCGUACGCAGAAAUUCGUGAGCCGUUUUACGCUUGGUUCGACAGCGAGGCUGGAAAUAGCAGAAUCGAUUACUAUGGAGGAAUGGUGAAGACCUAUCAGUUGGGAAAAGAAGGUCCAAAUGGCGUGAGUCGCAAAUUGGCGCCUGUGACGACUGAAACGCAGUUGAAUGAGGAAACUUGCUUACAAGUCGAUGGCUCAGCGGACAACUCCGUAACCCCGCAGAGUAUUUUGCCUGACCUCACCGGAUUUGAGUGCAUUGGAGAGGACAUGGUGAGCGGACACCAGGCUGAGAAAUGGCGCCUGGUGACCAAGAAGGGCGACAAAGUCAACAAGUACACGAUUUGGAUUCGUUACAAAAAUAACCCUCUGGACCCUACCAAAAGCAUCGCGGUUCCUAUGCGUUAUGAAAUGCGCGGCUUCAACUCUCUGCUCGGCUCCCAUUAUGACCACUAUUAUUUGGAGUACGACUGGUAUUCCUUUGAGGGCCCAGACUCCACCGUUUUCCAACUUCCAGACAACAUGACUUGCACUGGAUUCCCUGGCCCUGGAGACAAGCACAUCUACACUUUCAACCCAAUGAAGGAGUUCAUUCACAACUACGAGGACCAUGUUGACAACGCCUUCGAGAACUUCAAGAGGGCCCACAAGAAGGCCUACGUGGACAACAACGAGCACGGCAAGCGAAAGGACAUUUUCAGACAAAAUCUCAGGUACAUCCACUCGAAGAACAGGGCCGGUCUGGGCUUCCAGUUGGCUGUGAACCACUUGGCAGACAAGAGCGAGUUGGAGCUGAAGGCUCUCAGAGGAAAGCAGUAUUCCCAGGGUUACAACGGCGGUCAACCCUUCCCUUACACGAACCUGGAGUCUCUGAAGGUGCCAGAAAGCAUGGACUGGAGGAUCUACGGCGCAGUCACGCCCGUCAAGGACCAGUCCGUGUGCGGCUCCUGCUGGAGUUUUGGCACCACAGGCGCCAUCGAAGGCGCCUAUUUUGUCAAGUACGGACACCUCGUCAGGAUUUCUCAGCAGGCACUAAUUGACUGCAGCUGGGGCUACGGAAACAACGGUUGUGAUGGUGGUGAAGACUUCAGAUCCUACCAGUGGAUGAUGAAGCACGGAGGAAUUCCCACUGAGGAAGAAUAUGGACCUUACUUGGGACAGGAUGGAUAUUGCCAUGCUGACAAUGUGACCCUGACUGCAAAAAUCACCGGCUAUGUGAACGUGACUUCGGGCAGCGUGGACGCCCUGAAGGCCGCAGUGGCCAAGCACGGACCGAUUUCUGUGGCCAUCGACGCCUCCCACAGGACCUUCUCCUUUUACUCAAACGGAGUGUACUAUGAGCCCCAAUGCGGAAACCGGCCUGAGCAAUUGGACCACGCCGUGUUGGUCGUCGGAUACGGCACCAUCAAAGGAAAGGGUUACUGGCUUGUGAAGAACUCGUGGUCAAACUACUGGGGCAACGAUGGUUACGUGCUGAUGGCCCAGCAGGACAACAACUGUGGCGUUACGACCGACCCGACAUACGUCACUAUGUAAUUUUUUGUGAUCCCUUCGGGAUUUGAGAGGCAUUCUAUUAAAAUCCAAAUUUUUUAAAUAAAUUUAA